AAAAGCACUACUGAUUCUCGGUUGUGUUGAGUGUGCACUGCGGUAUAAGAGGUGAUUAGUAAAACCGUGAUUAUCUGUCAACUCAAAUCUUACUCUAUAAACAGAAAGUUCAUACGGUUACUAGUCCGGUAUAAAAAUGUAAGCCAAUGUGAAAAACGAUUUCUUUUUUUUUUCUCUCUCUCUUCUGUUUCGAUAAACUCUCUUCGAAGAAUUCAUAUCUCGCCAAUUUUUCAGAAAUUAUAACAUUCCGGUGACUGCGUUGUAAACAAGUUUGUUAAACAACUUUUCGCUAUAGGACAAGUAUUAUAUUAAACUUUAUAGAAUAACAAGUGAUUAAACGUGAGGAAAGAGUAAAACGAUAUUUGCGCGACGCGUGUUUUGCAACUCGUGUAACGUCGUUUUUCAGUAUCAAUACUGAUGUUCGCAUCGUCAGUUCGACUGCAGUGAUUUUCAAUAAAGUAGAACUGUGCCUUUCGACAAACGUCGUACGAUUUUGUGAAAAUAAAUUUACGGGCAACGUAGCAAACAUGCUUCCGAUUCUGAACGACACGUUGUUGAUGUUAAUGUACACCGCGAAUAUUAUGAGCACACUUCCCAAUGGAACUGAGGUUAAAAAUUUAUCCAAUUUGCCAGUGAAAAACGACGUGGCGACAAUAAACGUGUCCAAGCAACAGAACAAAACAUUUGAGUUGUUAGACGACUGGUACAUGUGGCGCUGCUAUCAGCCAUUCGGCUGUUUCUAUAUCGGAGAGCCAUGGUACGGUGAGAACAGACCAGUGGUUGACUUUCCGAUGCGCCCGGACAAAAUCGGCCCAAGGUAUCUUCUCUACACUCGAAAUACGUUGAACAAUCCCGACGAGCUGAAGAUCGACCAAGACGCCACGAUCAGAAACGCUCACAUCCGCCCCGAUGGGAACGUCUACUUCAUCAUCCACGGAUACCUUGAGAACGGAGACAAAACCUGGGUCCUGAGAAUGACUAAGGAACUGCUCCACCGUGAAGACUGCAACGUGGUGGUCGUCAACUGGCUCACAGGUGCUGGUCCACCGUACACUCAGGCUGUUGCGAAUACCCGGCUUGUGGGAGCGAUGACUGCUCGUCUUGCAGCCCAGUUCAUCAAGAUUGGCAGCUUCGAACCCUCCAGGGUCCACGUCAUCGGACAUAGCCUUGGCGCCCACACCGCCGGCUACGUUGGAUACAACCUGCGGGUCCGAUAUGGCCUCAAUCUCGGCAGGAUAACUGGUCUGGACCCAGCGGAACCGCACUUCAGCAAUACCUCGCCGAUGGUUCGUUUGGACCCAACGGACGCCGACUUCGUUGCAGUGAUUCACACCGAUUGCAACCCUUUCAUCAGCGGUGGUCUCGGUAUCACCCAGCCGGUUGGACACAUCGAUUUCUACCCCAACGACGGCCGGAAUCAACCUGGAUGCAACGAGGGAGUCCUUGACUCGAUAACUCUUGAACGUGGAAGCUUCGUCAGAGGCCUUAGAAGGUUCCUCGGCUGCAACCACAUACGAAGCUACGAGUACUUCAUUGAGAGCAUUAACACAGCCUGUCCGUUUCUUGCGGUUCCAUGUUCAUCCUGGACCCGGUUCCAGGAGGGUGGCUGUUUCGAUUGCGUAAAUCAGUACUGUCCACGAUUCGGGUUCGACGCACAGAGAGGAAACUACCACGCAUCGACCUACCUAAUGACCGCUGGAGCAAAGCCCUUCUGUAGAGGACACUACAGGGUCAAAAUCAACAUCUCGAAGACGGCGGAAAGCAUGAACCACGGUGGUGAAGUAGGAAUCUUUGUCCUGCGGGUGAUCGGGGAGGACGGCAGACAGACUGAGAGAAUGCAGUUCAGCGAAGACUCCAAGUACUACGGGCCGGGAACCACCCAUACGAUUGUACUCCCAGGGGAAGUUGUCGGUAAGCCCAAGGCCGUUGAAGUCACUUGGGAGUAUCAGGUCACGUUCAACCCUCUCACUUGGCGUCUCAUCACCAAGCCGAUGGUCUAUCUCGACUCCGUCGUCGUUGACAGCCUGGAAUCCAAUAGCGGGAUAAAAGUCUGCCCUGAUGAGUCGAAGACGUUGAUUGCCAACGAACCGAAGGUUCUAACCGUGGAUAACUGCAAUCCAGUGAUGGCAAACAUCGUGACUACGUAGGAGACAAGACUCUCCUGCCGGCAUCGAGGUCUCAACGUGACCUCAACGACCGUUCAAUCGCUUUGACUUUGACGCCGAAUCGGAUUGACGGACGAAUGUUUUCACAUCUCAUCAAACGCAUACGUACAUUAUCAUUUUAGGUAAUAAGAAAGUCUUUCAUGGUCCAGCCCAUCGCUCAAGUUUUUUAAAAGGUGACUAUUGCCAAAGCCUUAUUAAUCGUCGUGUUGUUUUUCAAAAAUUGUAUAUACGUAUAGGUAUACAGCAUCGUGCUUGGGGGUGGGUUAGAGUUUAAUAACACUAUCAAUGCAAGCCUGCGUCGACUUAAGAGAUAAAAGACGGAAUGAGAGAAACGAAAGACGAGAGACUCGCUGCAUUACUCUGUAGUAUCGAAGUCCUUUCACUCCGGUUACACCUGUGCUGAAUGCAUUUCUAGUUCACCUGAUGCACAGCUUCGGUUGUGUACCUUACCCAGGACUUUCAUGUAAUUCAAUCAAUUUUUGUUUUACAAUAAUUACAGUGAUCGUUAAAAGUUUCACGCCCCUCAUUUGCAGAAUAUCUACAGAGCUAUAUUCGUACUGAAAGUAUCCGUAAUGAUUAUACACUUAACAGUUACUGUAAGAAGCGUCUCAAUCGUCUCGUAGAGUAAUUAACUGUAAAAUAAUAUAUAAAUGUACAAAUACUUUUCACUAUUGUUUGUUAGCAUAAAGCGCGAUACGACAAGUUCACACGUCUACGGUAAAUCGGUAUUAUUAGAGUUUUUUUCUUCUUCUAUUAUUCGUUGUUUCUCGUCGUUGUCGUUUAUGAUUUCUACAAAGUGUAUUUUUAAUUUUUAUUAUUCUGUUUUCUUCUACAAUAAACGUUGAAUAAAAUUGCAGAGCCGAGCGCUACAACGUUC